AUGAAAUUGAAUUCAAGACACAUAUCUCAAAGAUGGGUGAUGGCCGUGAUGGGGAUGUUGGGUGUCACGAUGGCGUACGUGAUGCGAGCCUGCUUGGGCAUAACCCUCACUCAAAUGGUAAGGCCUGUGGUGGUUGUAGACGGAGGCGAAAGGUCCGUUCGUCAUGACUACUGCCCGAUGCCACAGUCGUCAUCACAUGGCCACCCUAAGUCCAACCGGACAGUGAUAGCCGAGGACGAGUUCAAGAACCGGUUCGAUUGGGAUGAGAAGACGCAGGGUGAGAUCCUGUCGUCGUUCUACUAUGGUUACAUACUCACCCACUUACCCGGCGGCGUCUUAUCCCAGAGGUUUGGUGGCAAGCACACCAUGGGCUUAGGAAUACUGUCCACCGCAGUCUUCACUCUGAUGACUCCGUAUGUAGCGUACAUGGGCUCCAGACCACUGACGAUUCUGCGGUUCGUCGAAGGACUCGGAGAGGGAACUACCUUCCCAGCUCUCUGCACACUUCUGGCACAGUGGGCUCCACCCGAAGAAAAGGGAAAACUCUCCACAUUGGUAUUUGCAGGUGUCCAAAUCGGUAACAUUUUUUCAAACUUCUUGAGCGGUUUCAUCAUACAAUACAUACCUGGUGGUUGGCCGAAUGUCUUUUACUUCUUCGGCAUAACCUCGUUGAUUUGGUUUGUGCUCUGGUGCAUGUUCGUUUACAAUGACCCGAACUCCCAUCCGUUCAUAUCAGAUAUGGAGCGCGACUACUUAAAACAGUCGAUCGGAAGCCUAGAAAGGAAAAAGGACUUGGCGCCAACACCAUGGAAAUCAAUAUUAACGUCGUGGCCAGUAUGGGCACUGAUUAUUGUUGAAGCAGGACAUGACUGGGGUGGUUUCACGAUUAUCAGCGAUCUUCCAAAAUAUAUGAGUGACGUCUUACACUUUUCUAUUACUGAGAACGGUUUAUUGUCGUCCAUUCCAUACAUCGCCCAAUGGGUUACGUCGAUCUUAGCUAGUAUAUUGGCCGACCGACUAAUAAGCAAACGAAUAAUGAGUGUAACUGCAGUCAGAAAAAGUUAUGCUAUUAUUGGAACCGUUGGGCCGGGUAUGGGUGUGAUGUGUGCUUCAUUCGUCGGAUGUGAUAAAAUGAUCGCCACUUUAUGUUUUACUUUGGGUAUGGCCCUAAUGGGAUUCUGUUAUCCCAGCAUCCGUAUUAAUUCACUCGACUUGUCGCCCAAUUAUGCUCCUACCAUAAUGGCAUUGGUCAACGGUAUUGGUUGUCUAUCAGGAAUGGCCACUCCAUACGUCGCCGGAAUUCUCACACCGAACAGAACUGUGUUAGAGUGGCGUCUUGUAUUUUGGAUUAUGAUGAUAGUAAUGACAGCAUCGUCUGUGGUGUACGGGCUAUUUGGUUCCGGUGAGUUGCAGCCAUGGGAUGACUUGGAACAGCAUUAUCUAAAAGAAAAGGAGAAGGCAAAGAGGGGGUUACCUAUGGAUGAACGAUUAAGUAUAAUUCAUUCAAAAUCCAUAGAAGAUGGAAAAUCGUCAAAUAAUUAGAAUUUUGACUUAUUGGACUAACUAAACUAUCCUACUCUGUAAAUAAUAUUGUUAAUAAAUGUAUUAAUGUACACUAUUAAUGUAUAGUAAUUAUAUAAUGUGAAUAUUUAUUUAGUUUGUAAAUACUUGUUAUAUUUAGAACCAGUUUAACGAUUCAAUAAUAUUAUGUAAAAAAAAUAAUAGGAAGAAACAUUUUAUUUGUAUAUUAAAAUUUGUAUAUUUAUUUUUAACUAAAUAAAAACUAAAUUUGUCAUAUUUUUCUAGUUUAUAAUAAUAACUCAAGAUUCUGUGGCCUUUAAAAUUAUGCGAAAUCACAAAAAUGUCCUCAUGCACGCCUUCCUCAUUGUAAUAUAAUCUAAGAAGAAUCACAAUAAUAAUAAGUUAAUGUUAUUUUUUUUCUAACAUUUU